GAGCGGGUGGACGACGCAUGCGCGGGCGGCGCGGUCUUAAGGGCGGCCGCGGCCCGGGGCCGCCCAGUCGGCCUGUCAGCCGGCUUCGGGGUGCGCUCCUACGCCUGCGCGGCGGCGGCGCUGAACGCGAUGGCGGCGGAGGAGGAGGUGGACUCGGCGGACACCGCGGGAGGGUCAGGAUGGCUAACAGGGUGGCUUCCUACCUGGUGUCCUACGUCUACAUCACACCUUAAAGAAGCUGAAGAGAAAAUGUUAAAAUGUGUCCCCUGCACGUACAAGAAAGAGCCUGUCCGCAUAUCCAAUGGAAACAGGAUAUGGACGCUGAUGUUCUCUCACAACCUCUCCAGUAAGACGCCACUCGUCCUCCUCCAUGGUUUUGGAGGGGGCCUUGGACUUUGGGCCCUGAAUUUUGAAGAUCUGAGCACCGACAGGCCCGUCUAUGCCUUUGACCUGCUGGGCUUUGGAAGAAGUAGUAGACCCAGGUUUGACAGCGACGCAGAGGAAGUGGAAAACCAGUUUGUGGAGUCCAUUGAGGAGUGGAGAUGUGCCCUGGGGCUGGACAAAAUGAUCCUGCUUGGACACAACCUGGGAGGGUUCCUGGCUGCUGCCUACUCACUGAAAUACCCGUCAAGGGUUAGUCACCUCAUUUUAGUAGAGCCAUGGGGUUUCCCUGAGCGACCCGAUCUGGCUGAUCAAGAGAGACCAAUUCCAGUUUGGAUCAGAGCCCUGGGAGCAGCAUUGACUCCCUUUAACCCCUUGGCUGGCCUCAGGAUUGCAGGACCUUUUGGGUUAAGUCUAGUGCAGCGUUUAAGGCCUGAUUUCAAACGGAAGUACUCCUCUAUGUUUGAAGAUGACACUGUGACAGAGUACAUCUACCACUGUAACGUACAGACCCCAAGUGGUGAGACAGCCUUCAAAAACAUGACGAUUCCUUACGGGUGGGCGAAGCGGCCGAUGCUUCAGCGGAUAGGAGACUUGCACCCUGACAUUCCAGUUUCUGUGAUCUUUGGUGCCCGAUCCUGCAUCGAUGGCAACUCUGGCACCAGCAUCCAGUCACUGCGACCAAAGUCCUACGUGAAGACAAUAGCUAUCCUGGGGGCAGGGCAUUACGUGUAUGCAGAUCAGCCAGAAGAGUUCAACCAGAAAGUCAAGGAGAUCUGCCACAUGGUAGACCAAGCUGCGUGGGGCACCUGCGACUGACGCCAUUCUCGAGCAAAGCCCUACAACCACGGGAAGAGUAAGAAGAAAAACUCAAGAGCCAGGCGGUCUCCUGGACUGGACUCUGCACUGUUUCCUGAUGACGUCACUUCCACGUUUAAACCAACCAGUGCCUUCUAGAGGAAUGGCUUUCCUUUCUCCUACACAAGAUUGAAACACACGGAAGUCUUCCAAUUUAAUAGUAGCCUUAAAUAAAGGUUAUUUGUCCUUCUGGUGUACUCAAACAUUGUGGUUUUUCAGCUGAGACUUUCCUGAUUUUUACCUGACUUUGCUAGUUAGCUGCUCUUCAUAUUUUGGUCUAUAUGCCAGUUUAACUAAAUUACUUCUCGCUGUUGUCUUAAAUGCUGUGAAGGUGCACUUUAUUUUGUUUGCAUGCAUUUACCAUGUCUAACAACUAACAUGGUUGCUCCAAGUAUUUUUAAGUAAAAAAAAUCAAUUUAGGAUACUUCACUUUUGAAAUGGAGUUUAGACUAUUUCAUUUUGAAAUGGAGUAAAAGGGUAAGUAUUGAUUAGAAGGAUGGGAGUUGAUCGCUAGCAUUAACUCUUCCGGUUUCCCUGUUUACCGUCUAAGGCUGCAAGGCUGCGUUCAGCACUUUUAGUAUGCUGCAUGAUGACAGACAAGCUGCCACAGCACGGCUCCUUGGAACCCUCUGUGUGUCUUCUAGUUCUAGAGUCUGUGAAAUAGUACACACCUACGCAGUCAUUCAGGCACUGAGAAGCCUGAACCCAAAGGCUGUCCCCUUUCCUUUCCUUUCCUUUCCUUUCCUUUCCUUUCCUUUCCUUUCCUUUCCUUUCCUUUCCUUUCCUUUCCUUUCCUUUCCUUUCCUUUCCUUUCCUUUCCUUUCCAUGGAUGCUGUUCUUUUCCAGGAACCAGGGCAUGGCAAAUGAACAGGUUUCCACGGCUACAGGGCUAUAACGACUGUUGUUACCUCCCAGUAAACCAAGUCCUACUGUGUUUCCGUGAACAACUAACUUAUAUGGUGCUUAAACUGGGUUACAUUUUUACCACUAACAUUUAAAAAUAGGUGGUGCUGUCAUGGCUCAUGUGUGUUUAUUUUUUAUUGAUUAUUAUGUUAAUCUAAUCAUUUAUAUACUUGAAUCAAGAUUACAAAAAAUCUAUAAUGUUGUUUGAAAUGUUUGGCAUAAGCUACCAUUGAAUUUACAACUUUCUCACAGUUUUAAAACGAAGGAAACUUUGAAACUAUGAAAAAGCUCCUCCUGGUAGCCAGAUGCUGAGAAAGCCUCCUGUACAGAGGAAAAAGAGGGUCGCCCCCAACCUUGUCUGGGAGAAGAGCAGACCACUCAAGUAAAAACUGGGCAGCACAAACCAUGUCUUGGUGAUUUGGGCUAUUGCAUUUUCAGUGACUAAUUUGGAAUUUUUUCUGGAAAAUAUAAGAUUAUAUCACAGUUAAUUAAUCGCCAGAAAAAUGAGCUGCUGUGUUUUCCACAUCCUUACCGGCAGGAGAAUGUGUAAAUAAUACCAAGGCUGGAGAAGCAGUUUCCCAGUGACACUUUAUCAGACUUGUUGUUAGAUGACAUGAGGCCAGAGAGGUGUUUACUAAAAAUAGCUUUGUCUUUGCAGUUAGUGUUCUGCAUGGCCAAAUUCAGACUUGAGAGUGGUUUAAGAUCUGGGAGCAUUUUUAUUUGACACGCCCAGUCUCAAUCAGCCUCUGUUAGCUGGAGGAGAGAGUUUCCACCCAAAUGUCAAGUGAUGCUGCCCUUCCUACAGACGACUGCUUUGCUCUAUCGGAAAUAUCGUGAUGCUUCUUAAAACGACUCUUCUUGGUCUAUGUGAUUUUGUAAAGAUCGAAGCAGAGGAGUUUAUAUUAUAAUCUGAGAAUUCUUGAGAAUGUGAUGGCUGCUAAAUGUUUUUCUUACAAAAGGCCUCUUAACUAUAUUUUAUCUUUACUAAGUUAUUUGUACCUUUGCCGUAUCUUACCGAAAUAAACUCGACAGCGCUGGCA